AUGGACGCGGUGGCAGAGCGAGAUGUGGGCGACAGGGAGAAGAGGGAUAGCUCGUUCGAGGAGCAGCAUGAGUCUGACGAAGACGAGAAUGUGAAGCCACGCGGCCUCCCUUCAGACCUUCCACGCACACUGGACGAUCGCAAGAACUUCUCGGGCUACAAGGAAGAGACAGAGUACUAUGAUGCAUGGCAGGGCCAAUCGCAAUUCCUGUCCGCUCCCACCAUCGCACAACCACUCAACUUCAACCUUUCUUUGAACGAGCCAGACGACGACAGCUUCGGCGACUAUGGCAACGAUGAUGAACGAAUGGCACAGUUCCUUGCAUCGCAAGCGCGGAGGAACGAGGACCCAGGCGAGGCAGAGGAAGAUCAGAUCUUGAAUGAUGAGCGGAGAUCGCCCGAGCAGAAGACGCAAGAGCUGCAACUUCUGCUCAGCCGAGCUGCUCGCAACGGCGAGACUGCACGUGUGCAGAGGUUGGCGCGUGGUGCUGCGUCACAAUUCAUCGACAUUGACGCCGUGGAUGCUGAUGGGUCCCCGCCAUUGCUAUACGCAAGCUGCUUCGGGUACAAGGAUGCAGUAAUCACUCUGCUAAACGCUGGUGCCGAAGUUGACAGCCAAGACCGCAAUCAGUGGACUGCACUCAUGUGGGCUAUCUCCAACGGUCACAAGGACAUCGCAAAGACAUUGCUCGACCACGGCGCAUCCACGGACGCCAAAUCGUCGAGCGGUAGAACAGCACUUGAUUUCGUGCCAGCGAACAGCGAAAUGCUGAGAAUGUUGCAAGGCAACGGCUACAGCAUAGGGAGCGUUGGUGCGUCCAACGACUUCUACGACUCCGGCUUUUCACAAGAUCGCUUCGAGGAGGAGCUGGCGGAGAGUGAGCAGAGGCGGCGGAUGAUGAUGGAAAGCGCCAUUAACCUCGAAGUCGACCUGGGAAACUUAGGCUUGGACGAAAACCCCGAGUCGGAAGACGAUUUCGAGGACGGGCAGGACUUUGUAUGGGAUAAGUGCCUCCACGAUCAGAUGUUCGUCUUCAUGGAGAACGACAUCGAGCGAAUAUUGGAUAUAGUCGUCACGAAGAUGACUCCACAACGAACACCAUCGCAAAAGCCAGUGCCGGCAAACCUCAUCUUUCUGGGUGCCCGAUAUGCGCACUACCACGCCGACAAAGGACUGCUAGCGGACUGGCUGGAGUCGGCGCAGGACAAGAUAUAUGACGUUGUGGAUCGCUGUCAGUGGGACAUGACGAUGCUAGCCUUUUGGGCAUCAAAUGUCUCUCUGCUGCUGCACUACCUCAAGAAGGAUACUGGCUUGACACAAGAGACAACACCAUUCCAGGCACAAAUGUCAGAGCUGAUUCAUGAGAUCUAUAUAUUGAUCAUCAGAGAUGCUGAAAGACGAAUGGACAAGGUGUUGAAUGCCGCCGUUCUGGACCACGAAACAAUACAGGGCUUCGAAGACGUGACGUUUCAAAACGAGUGGAAGUUCCUCAAAAAGAAGAAAGAGGUCAAGCCUGAACCUGCAGAGAAGCGCUUCAGGCCGCCAUCACCCAAACGCAAGGCGCAGCCAUCGCCACGAAAUAUCACGUCGCUAUUGUCAUCAACACUAUUCGUACUGGAUCUUUACGAUGUGCAUUCAGUCAUUACGGCGCAGAUACUAUCGCAGCUCUAUUACUGGCUGAGUGCCGAGAUCUUUAAUCGGAUAAUGUCCAACAAGAGGUACCUUUCCAGGACGAAAGCCAUGCAAAUUCGCAUGAACAUAUCGACGCUGGAGGAUUGGGCGCGGACGAACAAUCGACAGCCAGAACACUACGAGAAUGGUAAUACGAACGCAGCAGGAGAGACUACUGUAGAGGCAGCCAAGCGCCACCUUGCGCCUGUGGUACAGUUGUUGCAAUGGCUGCAGUGUUUCUCCAGUAUCGGAGAUGAUCAGAAUGGUCUGGAGACCACGUUACAGCAACUGCCCAACCUUCAUACCAAGCAACUACUACAUGCAGUCAAGCACUAUCGCGCGGAAGUUGGCGAGAAGACUCUGUCGAGACCCGCAUUGAGGCACAUUCAGGAAGUGAAGAGCAGACCAUUGGCACCUAGUACAGAACCACAGCCUGCUGCUCCAGGGGCGCCCCAAACACCGACGAAGCCGGGCGCUGCGAACGGCAAUACAACACCACAACCGCCGCCGACGCCAACUCUGCAGCCGGAUGCAGACGACACACCUGAAAACAACCUCAUGAACCCAGCACUUCUUCUGCCUUUCCACCUUCCGACGUCAACAGACAUGCUCAUAAGCUACGGCGCAGGCUUUGGAGGGGUCAACAAGGAACGAGAAAGACGAUACACGCCAUCGGUGCCUGCGGAAUUUCUAACAAAGCUGGAUCCAGCUGGUGGCCAGCAGAGGAGUAACCUGUACGAAAAUGCCCAUUUCAGCGACUCGACCGAGUAG